UUUGACUGUGGGUGCGUGUUUCCGGUGGCGGACAGUUUAAUGUCUUGCUUUUGGAAGACGCUGUGCUGUUGCUGCUGCAGAGAACGAGAGUAUGAAUCUGUUCAAGGUUCGAACUCUUCUUCAUCGGCAUCGGAGUUGCUAAGUUCUGUUGCUCGACAAGAAACACAACGUCCGAAGCAAAGGCUAAUUAAAGCAUAUGCUGGAGAGGGUGUAAUAUCAAGAUCGCGUUCUCCUCGUGAUAAGCGCAUAGGGAUGCAGUCUGGAGAGGACUCGGAUACUCUAUAUGAAGUUGCUGGACCUGCUCCGCCUGCUGACAUCAAGAUUGUAAAUCCUGCGUAUCACCCGUACAGAGAUACUGAUGCUGUAUGAUGAAACUCAUCAGUCUAUGAAUUAAUUGGAUGUGUUCGAGGUCUAUAGAUAUAUCUCUGUUGAUUUCCUAGCCCAUCAAUUUGAAGUUAAGAUUUUAGCCUGAUUAUGAAUGUUACUAUUAAAUGGCAAGGGCAAGAAAUGAAAAAUUAAUGCCACCAAAUGCUUGGAUCCUCACAUUUAUUUCUUAGCACAGCAGGAGAUGUAUAUUGAGUGUAACUG